GGAUAAAACCAUCAUCGUUGUCGACAAAAACACGUCAGCUCACUUAUUCCAAGAUGUUGAGUGGUAGACUUAUUCUGGUCCUCUUCGUCCUGCCUUUCUCCGCUUCGGCGGGGAAAACCGAGAAGCGGGACAAUGUUUACUAUUUGGCAAAGGAGGCCUUUGACUCGGUUGUCGGAGAAAAGAACUUCGCCGUCUUUUUCCAUUCUCCCUGGUCUGACAAGUCCUCAAAAGUUCUCUACGAAUUUGAAAAGGCUGCCAAUGGGUUGGCCGAAGAAGGCUUGGAUAUGUCAUUUGCCGUUAUAGAUUUGUCCGUGGAUGACUACACAGGACACCGUUUCGGUGCCAGCGAAGGCCCGAUGAUCAAGAUGUUCCACAGCACCAAGCCGUACCUGUUCGAGGGUAACUUCACCUCAGUGGGAAUCGUCGAUGAGGUGCGCAACCACACUCGACCUGACUGGACCCCGCCUGCCACGGAUGACCUCGUCCUGGAGCUGGAUAGCCCUGAGGCGUUUGAAGCGCACCUCAAGAAGGAGAAGCUGACGCUGGUCGAGUUCUACGCACCAUGGUGCAACCAUUGUCAACAGCUGGAGCCAAUCCUGAAUGAAGUUGCUAAGGAGCUGAAGACCCAAGAGCCCCCAAUCACUGUAGCCAAGAUCGACGCAGAAAAGCACUCCAGCGUCUUCUUCCGGUUCAACCUGAAAGGAUAUCCGUACCUGUUGGCGUUCAAGAAUGGUCAGCACUCUGUGUUCGAAGGCCUUAAGACCACCGACCGCAUCGUCGACUUUGUCAAGUCUCGCAUCAGCACUUCAUCCACCGACUUGCCCGUCAAGGCUGGUGCCGCCAGCGUAUACAGUGACUCUAAGAAAUCGCCUGCAGUCGUCGGUUUCUUCCAGAGCCGAUCGGCAUACGAGUUCACCAUGUUUAUGGAGGUGGCCGAGAGCUUCAGAGAUGACAAGUCGGUUGUGUUCGGGCACGUCGUCGGUGCCAAUGCCCUGGCCAUCGCCAAGGAGGACUUUGGCCUGGACAGUGACGAGUACGGCGUCGUCGUUGUGCGUGAUCGCCGCCUGCCUGUCAAGAAGGGCAGCACCCGCUUCUCCGUCUUCGCCGAGGACCCAAUGGAGAAGGACAGCUUGAAGACGUUCAUUAAGGAUAACCGGCGCUCUCUCGUCGGCUAUGCAUCAUCGCGUGGCCAUUUCCAGGAGAUGUAUGGUGACCUCAGUCCCAUUGCCUUGAUCUUCAUGGAUGUGGAGUGGGACCCGGACACCUGGGAGGCCAUGAACUACCGCCUGAAGCGUGUCACUAGCGUCGCCGAGCAAUUCGACGGUGUUCACUUUGUCGUCGUGGACCACGAGGAGAUGCACGGCCUGAAGGACAUGGUGGGUCUUCUGGAUAGCGACUACGACAUGUCGGCCGCCCUCUAUGUUAACCAUUCUCAACGCUACCCACUGGAUGGCGACUUCACAGCCGAGUCACUUGCCGCUCACUUGACUGCGUUCCAGGAAGGCAAACAGCUGCAGGCAUACUUCAGAUCUCAGCAGGUACCAAGGUCUAACCCAGGGCCUGUGAAGACCCUCGUCCGAAACUCGUACGAUCAGGUGAUGAGCGACACCGCUCGUGACAUUGCUGUGCUCUUUAUGGCACCGUGGAGCCAGGAAUCGAAGAAGUUCUUGCCUGUGUUCAAGAAGGCCCACGGAGUCCUGAAGGAAGAUUCCGUAAUGUUCUACAAGUUUGACUCCUCUGUGAACGACCUCCCUCAUGGCAUCAAGAUUGACACAUUCCCCUCUCUGCACCUCUUCAAGGCUGGUGAUGAGCGUACAGGUGCGCCCAAGAUCUACUCUGGCCCCCGAAACUCCAACUCCGUCGCCGAGUUCCUGCGGGAGAACGCAGCAACGUUGAGCACAGCAGAAGAAGAAGAGGAGGAAGAAGAAGAAGAAGAAGAGGGUGAGGAAGACAGUGCUCACACGGAAUUGUAGAGAGACUCUUGCUGGCAAGCACAACUUGAAAUUAUUUAUUCUGCAGACAUGCUGGCAUAAUCUGUCUUAAGGCAAAUUCUUUGUAGUACUGUAUUGACGGCUCAAUGCCGGCUCCAAUUUUUUUACUUGCCAACUUCGGCAUAGCAUAAUUAAUGCUUUACUACUCUCGUUGAAAGCAGCGCUAGCCAAUAGCUCGGCUCUCUGUGUUGGCACCAGUAUUGGCUUGCCCUGUGCUGUAGCUGUUCUUCUCCUGAUAAAAAAAAAACUAACGUUAACGCCGGCUUGUGCAGUGGUGAUCUGGUACAUGUACUGCUGAUGCCUCUCUGCUGUCUUGGUAACCUGCAUACACUUCUCGGUUGCAUGUGAUGUUGAAUUUUGCAGUGCCAAUUUACUUCUCUCAAUGCAGUGACAAAAGCCAUGUCGGCUGCACAACUCGG